GCGAGGUAGUAAUGAAUCUGCCCCCUCCCGGGGGAGAGCAGAGGAGCAUUAAUAAAUCCAUAAGCCGAGGAGAGGAAACUCUGGCUGGGGCAGACCGCGGAGCUCCGGCAGUUCGUGGGGAACGGCGGCCAGAGCAGCACAACGGGCAAAAUACAAUAGAGGCGACAACGGAAAGAAGCCCUUGGUCCUCUCCCGUAAACACACUCCCCUCACCGCCACCUCCCCCUUGGCACCGUGCUGCCUGGCGCCGAGGCCGCUCGGACUGCUAUGUAACUGCGAGUCUGUGGGAGGAAGGGGACCGGGAGAAGAGGUUCGGCCGUGGGAGCCCCUAAGGGCCAAGUUUGCGGCCACUUCUGCCCGCGCUCUCCCUUAGCCCCCGUUCGCCCCUUCCUGCAGCCUAGCUGGCCCGGGCGUCCUUCGCCUCCUCGCGUGCCCACAGCCGCGGUUCCUGGCGACCAUGGUGACGGUGGAGGAGCUGCGGGAGAUGGACUGCAGCGUGCUCAAAAGGCUGAUGAACCGGGACGAGAACGGUGGCGGCGCGGGCGGCAGCGGCAGCGGCAGCCACGGCGCCCUGGGUCUGCUGAGCGGCGGCAAGUGCCUGCUACUGGACUGCCGACCGUUCCUGGCGCACAGCGCCGGCUACAUUCGAGGCUCAGUCAACGUGCGCUGCAACACCAUCGUGCGGCGGCGGGCCAAGGGCUCGGUGAGCCUGGAGCAGAUCCUGCCCGCGGAGGAGGAGGUCCGCGCCCGCCUGCGCUCCGGCCUCUACUCAGCCGUCAUCGUCUACGACGAGCGCAGCCCGCGCGCCGAGAGCCUCCGCGAGGACAGCACCGUGUCACUGGUGGUGCAGGCGCUGCGACGCAACGCCGAGCGCACCGACAUCUGCCUGCUCAAAGGUGGCUAUGAGAGGUUUUCCUCCGAGUACCCGGAAUUCUGUUCUAAAACCAAGGCCCUGGCAGCCAUCCCACCUGCUGUGCCCCCAAGCACGGCUGAGUCCUUGGACCUGGGCUGCAGCUCCUGCGGCACCCCACUGCACGACCAGGGGGGUCCCGUGGAGAUCCUUCCCUUCCUCUACCUCGGCAGCGCCUAUCACGCAGCCCGGCGAGACAUGCUGGACGCCCUGGGGAUCACAGCCUUGCUGAACGUCUCCUCUGACUGCCCGAACCACUUUGAAGGACAUUACCAGUACAAGUGCAUCCCGGUGGAGGACAGCCACAAGGCCGACAUCAGCUCCUGGUUCAUGGUGGCCAUCGAGUACAUCGAUGCGGUGAAGGACUGCCGCGGGCGCGUGCUGGUGCACUGCCAGGCCGGCAUCUCGCGCUCGGCCACCAUCUGCCUGGCCUACCUGAUGAUGAAGAAGCGCGUGAGGCUCGAGGAGGCCUUCGAGUUCGUGAAGCAGCGGCGGAGCAUCAUCUCGCCCAACUUCAGCUUCAUGGGGCAGCUGCUGCAGUUCGAGUCGCAGGUGCUGGCCACGUCCUGCGCGGUGGAGGCCGCCAGCCCGUCGGGGCCGCUGCGCGAGCGGGGCAAGGCCACUCCCACCCCUACGUCGCAGUUCGUCUUCAGCUUCCCGGUCUCCGUCGGGGGGCACCCGGCGCCCAGCAGCCUGCCCUAUCUGCACAGCCCCAUCACCACCUCCCCCAGCUGUUAGAACCUCUCGAAUCCUCCCUCCCCUACACCCGUCGGCUCUCAGCCCGGGUUGGGUGGCGCCCUGUGCGGGCAGCAGGUCGGGACUGGCCCACAGGGGGCGACAGAGCUCCUUCCAUCCAUCUCUCUUUGGCCAACCGGGGGGGCCAGCUAGAAUGGCAAUAAGGACUUCGAAUACAUAUUUAACGCAAACAAACACAACACUCCAACUUAGAGCAAUAAUGUCUUCCUCGGCAGGCAGGGAAGACCUGGGUUUUGGUUUGUGCGUCAGUUUUACUUUUCAGAUAGGAAUUUCUUACCUCAUUUUUUUCAGCAGUAAGGCUUGAAGUUAGGAAACCCGCAGAUCCUGGCAAAUGUGCCCACCCAGUUCUGUUGAGGGGGAGGGGAAGGGAGGGAGGGGAGGGAAAGGGACAAGAUAAAAACAAGUUUGCCAGAAGUGCCUGGUUCUGUGUGCUCGGUCCUUUUGUUGUUGUUGUAGUUACAGGAUUUUCUUUUUUUUUUUAAAGAAAUCUUUUAGGACAUGGUUUUCCUUUCUAAGUCACCACCAACAGGUGAAUAAUUAUGCUUAAUAAUAAAUAAAAGUAUUUAUUAAGAAUUUCCUCAGAGUAUGUAAGUACAGAGUCUAGUGAUGGUGAAUUUAGAAUAUAUUUAUGUUAAUGUGGAUCAGCAGAGCACAACAGCAUGCAGACGUCAAAGCAGUUAGGAAGUAAGUGGUGUGUACAAGUUAGCAUGAUGAUCAGCUUGCGUUUGUUACCGCUGAGAAGGGGGCAGGGCGGGGUGGGAGGAGGAAGAAAGGAAGGGACUACUUUUUCAUUACAGCCUCCCUCGGUAUCUGCCGGGGAUUGGUUGCAGCACCCCUUCCCUCCAUCGCGGAUACCCAAAUCCGUGGAUGCGUAAAUCCGCUGAUUCUUGCAUCCGCGGAUACUGCGUCCGCGCAUACUGCAUCCGCGAAUACGGAGCGUGGAGCGCACUUGGUUCUUGGGCACAUGGGCCACUGAAGCGAUUUGCAACCACAACAAUACAACCGUUUCUGGUGAUCAAUAACUCACUGUGGCGGUGGAAGCAUUUUUCUCAUAGACCUGCCUGAGAACUUGUAUAUCAUCUGUGAUAAAUGCCAUAUCAUAUAAGGUGCUCGUAAAAAAAAUUGGGCGCAAUUCAGCUUUUCCUGCAGUGAAUCAUUUGGCAAGGCCGUUGGGGAACCCAGCUAAGAGAGAUAGACCCGAAAUGGAUCCUUUUGGAAGUGGAAGCACCAUCUUUUUUCUCUUUUGCAUAAAUCAGAGUUUUUAAUUUUAGGGGGUUUGCUUGGAAUGAAGUACACCAACAAAUUCUUGGGUUCUUAAAAUUCGUGGUGUUGGUGAAUAUUUUUAAAGUGAAUAGGUGAAUAAAAAGAAGGGAGUGGACACCCCAUUUCAGGUCCCUUGGAAGUCUAAGACAGCAAGAGAGAGUGAGUGAAGAGUCGGGCAGACUCUGUGGGGGGGCUGGCUGCUUGGUUUCUGUGACAGGCAUCCAGGGCACUUGUGUGCCGUCUUAGAAUCCUUUCUUGGGAUACUGCCAUUUUCAGGGCCCUUUCCAGAUGGAGGAAUGGCUUUUGGAGAAAGAAGGAGAUGGGUUGGGCUUGGGGGGAGGGAGGACGGGACAAACCACGUGUUAUUUAAUUUGUAGUAUCGUGGAACAGUGUUGUUACCCAGUACCAGGUUAGAGGUAAUUCCAAACUUGUCUAGAAGCGAGAGCAUGCUUUUUGGUUUUGUUUUUUGGGGUUUUUUUUUAGCCUUCUGAGGAUCUAAGUGAUGCACAUUCCUGCUCACCCAUAAAUAACAUCAAGCCUCAAGGUUGGAAUAGUGUUGGAAUGCUCCUUCUCAGCCCCACAUCCCAGACAGGACCAGGUUCCUUACAUUUCCUUCCAUAAACAUGAGCCUGUGUUGGCGUCAUUUGUCCUGCCUUUCCCAAGCCCUGUCUGAAAAAGUGUGGGUUCCCACAAGCAGAUAGGCCCGCAGGAGGGACUGCUUGAGAGAGGAGGGAAAGUAGCUUUUUACAGAAUGAGUGUACAUUGGCCAAAACUUGUGUAUCCUGCUUUCCCAGACUGGAUCCCAACCACGCGGUCGGAGCCCAGGACCUGCGCCAGACAGGUCUUUUCCCUGCUUUCCAAUUCAAGUCUUCUGUCACAGCGUCAAACCACUAUUUAUAAAGCCAUUUUCUUUGUACCCAAUAGCAGCCCCAAAACUCUUAGAAAUCAAAUAGGAAAUUGGCUUGAUUGGAAACAGGGACUUGGGUCACUAUUUCCCCAUCAGAAGCCUCUUUGAUGACUUGGAAUAGCUGUAAUGAAGACAGCACCGCAGGGUCUGUCCAAAUGGCCAGUGGGUUUCAACAGGUGUCUCUCCCAUGGAGUGAUUUCUGGUGACGUGAAAUAUGUGUCAUGGCUGGAAAGCAUUGCCACUUACACCGAAGAUCAACUGUGCUGUUGACAAAGGCAGUAGGCACUCUGGAUCUUCCGUAGAGACUGGAGAAUGCUGCCGGUUCCCUCCCGGCAUCUCUGUGUGACCCAAGUGUGUUCGUGGAGCUUCCCCCGAGCAGUAUUCGGCUGAAGCCGCCUGUGAGCCGGUGGCCGGGAGCUCCCAGCCUCAGUCGUGGCCUCCUGAGACCAUUUUCCUCAGGUACCCAUCCUAGCCCGAUUCCAGAGAGUUACCCAAAAGGUUGGGAAGCCAUGAGAAAAAACGUAGAAUCCGUGGGAAGAUGGGCAGAGGGAGGUGGGAUGGGUGAUUCAAAUGUGAGGGGAAGGGGCUGUGAGAUUGGAGGGGCCGCCAAGCCUCUAGUUGGUAAAGUGGUGGUUCGCCCUGGCUGCCCGUCAGCCUCAGCUGGGGAGCUUUGAAACCCUGCUACCAGGCGAUCCCAGACUAAGUACAGCAGGAUUUCUGGAGGAGGGACCUAGGCAUCAGUAGGUUUCAAAGCUCCCCAGGUGCUCUCCGUGUGUAACCAAGUUUGGGAAGCUACUUUCUGGAUGGCAAGGUGCUCUUGGAAGCUGGGUCUUGAUGACACAGAGCUGGCUUGUCUGGCAGAAGCCACAGCCAGGGGUUUGUCACUAGUUCGGUGUGGUCUCAUGGUCAGUCCCCUCAGCGCUGCUGAGGGACGAGAUGGUUUCUGUCAGGAGCUCAGGGGCCACGUGACCUCCUGAACGAGGGGCCCUUUCAGGCCCCUUGAAAGCCAGCUGAUCUGCGGAGCGUUGUUAGGAAACCGAAUACAGUGUCUGGAUGUCGAUGUUCUUCCCUGAAAGUUUCCCUGUCUAUCGAGAAGGAUGGAGAGUGCCACCUCUUUGAAGAGGACCCUGCCCUUCCUUAGAGUUUAUGAGUCAUAGGAGAAAGAGGCUUCAAGACAGAGCAAUGCAAUACUUGUAACUUCUGUAAAUAGCCCCAUGUUUCAGAGUGAUGUCAUUUCUACAUUUGAUAUGCUUGUAUUUCUGUAGGAUGUAUAUAGUCUAGGGGAUUUUUUGUUUGGUUUUGUUUUUUAGAAAAGUCAAACAUGUCAGUUUUUAUUUAUUGCUUGAAAAAAAGAUCAUUUGAAGAAAAAUAAAUACAUUUUCAACCA